AUGAUGCUCCAUCCUGGCUCACAGGCUGCUGCCUACACCCCUUCUCUUUCUACCACAGCUAGGAGAGACGGAAAGCAGACAACCAAGGACUCUACUCUUACCAACAACAAUAGUACCAAUACUACGGCGACGCCGGCUUCCAUUGCUGCAGCAAACAGGAAGAAAGGCGACUACCUUACCGCCCUCGCCAUCAUGCGGCCCUGUGUCCUCGACUAUGACGUCCACUCUUGCUCUUCCUACUCUGCCUCGUACUUGCCAGAGAACAUCAAGACCAACAACCCCCAAGACCAGUCCUCCCGCUGGUCCUCUGGAUCCAACAACCAGAUGCAGUACAUCAUGAUCAAGCUCAAAUCCAUGGCAGUCGCCCAUACCAUUACGUUUGGAAAAUACCACAAGGUGCAUGUGUGUAAUCUGAAAGAGUUCAAGGUCUUUGGUGGUCUGACGACUUCCAAUAUGACCGAACUUUUGCAUACUGGAUUAAGGAACGACCAUGAGCCAGAAACAUUCCUCCUCAAGCACAAGACAAACUCCGUGGUGUUCCCUUGCCAAUACAUCAAGAUUGUGCCUUUGAUGGCCUGGGGUGCCAACUUCAACUUCAGUGUGUGGCAUGUCGAGGUCAAGGGGAUUCCUGACACAGAACUGGUGCAGGAAACCUACUUUCAAUACAUCAACGUAAGCAAUGACCCGAUGGCGACGUGUUUCAGCAAGGGACAGACCGGCAUGAAUGUCUAA